AUGAAGAAGAUCAUCAUAAUAUUGCUCUUGUUUUGCUUCAUACUUCCCUUGGCAUUUGGGGAGUUGAAGGUUGGAUUUUAUGAGUCCUCGUGCCAAAAAGCGGAGUCCAUUGUUAAGAACGUUGUGAAGAGUCGAUUCAAUCGUGACAAGACCAUUACUGCAGCAUUGCUUCGCUUGCAUUUUCAUGACUGUGCUGUCAGCGGUUGUGAUGCAUCCAUACUCAUAAACUCUACCCAGUCCAACACAGCAGAGAAAGAAUCAGGCGCAAACUUCGACGUUCGGGGCUUUGACAUUAUCGAUGAAGUGAAGGAAACCCUCGAAUCUGCAUGUCCUUCAACAGUGUCAUGUGCAGACAUCAUAACCCUAGCUACCCGAGAUGCAGUGGCCUUAUCUGGAGGACCCCAAUACGAAGUUCCCACGGGAAGACGCGAUGGAUUGGUCUCCAACAUCAACAAUGUGAAGAUUCCAGGACCCAGCAGCUCCGUCUCAGUAAUAUCUCAAUUUUUCAAUAAGAGUUUGGGACUUACAACGCAGGAAAUGGUGACCCUUUUUGGUGCACACACUGUUGGUGUUGCACGGUGCAGUUUUUUUGAUGAUAGGCUUUCGAGUCCUGACCCUACAAUGGACCCUGGGUUGAAUGCUAAGUUGGUGAAGUUGUGCAGCUCCAGAGAUGAUAAUGAUCCUUCUACGCCCUUGGACCAGAAAACUUCUCUUCUUGUUGAUAAUGGGUUCUACACGCAGAUUCUUGCCAAGAAAGGGGUGCUGCAGAUUGAUCAGCAACUUGCUUUGGAUCAAAGUACGAGAGGGUUUGUGACAGAUAUCGCUUCUAAUGGGGUUAAGUUCCAAAAGAACUUUGCAAAUGCGAUGGUAAAGAUGGGGAGUAUUGAUGUUCUGGUUGGGAAUCAAGGAGAAAUCCGCCAGAAAUGCUCGGUUGUCAAUAACCACAGCUAG